GUGCGCGCGUGUGUGUGCGCGCGUGUGUGUGAGCGCUUGUGUGUGCGCGCGCAGGGUGUGUCGGUGUGUCUCGGAGGAUGCGGCUGUAAUCCGGUGCGGCUCUGCACGCGCACUGCGCCGCUCUCACCGUUAGCGCGCGCGGACACGUUACACGGAGAGAGCUUGACGCGGAGAACAUGGACACACAGAACCGAGCGGCGCUUCAUCAUCCAUCCGCUUCCUAACAGGUUGUGCAAAACCAUCAUGUCCACUUAAUAGCAACAGCCAUGAGUCACAGGGAGGAUCCAGAGGAGGCAGAGGCCAAAGCCCCACCUACUCAGCGCAUCCGGCAGCUUGUAGAAGGAGGCCGUCCCAGGUGGAGGCCAUGCCAGCUGAACAGCCAAGACGAACAGGGAAAUGCCCAUCAUAAUCAUCAUCAUCAUCAUCAUCACUACCAUCGACAAUCACACCAACAGCAGCCUGGCACUAACCGAGCUCCACCACGACGCAGCCGAAGACAUGCCCCCUGCCACACCCAGAGGGGGUCGAGUGAGAGUGGAGAUGCAGAGCCACAGCCUGGUCAGCAGCCUCGUCCAAAUGGGUCGAGGUAUCGACGGAGUGGUGAUGCAGGGCAUCAGCACAGACAUCGACACCAACCCAGACAGAUUCAUGCAGUGCCACAGCCCCUCGAUGUUCCUGAGAUCAAUCCAGCGAUUGACACUUUGUCACCCGAGGAGUCUUCCCAGGAACUGCUGACUCCAUCUUCACAGGAGGAUCUGACUCCUUCUCAGGAGGAACCAACCCCCUCUCCACAGGAGGUACCACUUGUAGAGGAGCAAGACGGAAGUAGCCCAGGUCUACAUUGCUCCUCCAGUACUGAGAGCAGCCUUCACGCACACUCUGAGCAGACUGAGGAUCAGCACAGAGAGAUGGAGCAGACAGAGGAGUGCAAGGGUGAAACCGAUGAAUGGGAGGUGGAAGGAUGUCCAGAAAAGAGAGAGGAGAGAGAGUCUCACAAAGAGGCUGAACAGGAAGAACAGAUUCAUGUGGAGAAGGAUUCCAUGGCAAAAGUGGGUACUUCAAAAGGUAGUAAGAAGACCAGUAGGAGGUCUGGGCCUAUCAGAGUGGAUGUUCCACCUUUUGCAGAAUUUCCACGUCAGCCACUACCAAACCCUAAUUUCCAGUCCCAGCCUUUCAUAGAACCUCUUAGAGGUUACCCCAUGGAGCCCAAAUCAGGUCCUAUUCAUCUAACCUCCGCCAGCUACACUGCCAUAAGCACAGACGUGAGGCCUGAAUGCCGAUCUGGUGCUCAGUCCUAUGAAGAAACAUUUUCACACUCCAGUUCAGAAGCCUGUUCUACUUCAUUUCCACCAGUCUCUGAGUCCUGUCCAAAGUUCUACCCAGUGACGCCAACAGAAUCGGACAGAGAACUGUACCACUCACCACAAACAGGAUGGUACCAGGAACACUUUGACGACCAGCAGAGCUUUGAGAAAAACCAGGACAUGUCCACCAGUGAGGCUAAUCCACAGACCAGUCUACAUGAGGAGCAGAGACCACGGGGUUCUGUCGGUUCCAGAUUGCACCACUAUAACGAACAGUCAGGAGAUGAAGCGAGCAGUCCUGAUCGAGGCAGAAGUAAGGCUUGGAGACCCAGCAUUGAAAAGGAAUGUUCAGAGAUCAGAAAGGAGCAGUGUGAGGUUUGUCCUCGAGAGGAGAAGCCAGAACAUGACUCUGUAGAAGACCGAUCACAUGCUAUGCAAGAAUCUGCAAACAUUUCUGGAGAUGUGAUCUCUCUGGCAAUAAGAGACAUAAAGGAGGCAAUCGAGGAAGUGAAGACUAAGACGGUGCGUUCACCGUACACACCUGACAAACCCAAAGAGCCAGUGUGGGUGAUGAGGAGAGAUGUCAGCCCGGUGGAGGAGUGCCGGCCACAGCUUUAUUCACCUCCAUCUCCUCCACAGCUUCCUUCUCCUCAGAACACGACAUGUUCCCAGGUUCUAGCUUCAGAUCCCAUAGUUCCUCUGGGAGCAGAAUCUUCCAGAACUCAUGAGCAGCAGGAAGCAGACGUCAGUCCUAGUUUACCAACAGCUGAUGAGCUUAAAAGAAACUUGGCUGCUUUCCCUACAUACGUUGAUGUUCCAGGACCGUGUGAUCCAGAGGAUUUAAUCGAUGGUAUCAUAUUUGCAGCCAGUUUUUUGGGUUCCACACAGCUUCUGUCAGAGAGAACGCCGAGUAAGAGCUCCCGCAUGCAGCAGGCUCAGGAGGCCAUGACCCGCGUCCGGGGUGCAGGAGGUGAAGUUCUCUCUAGCACUGAGGUGGAUCUGUUCGUGUCAACUCAGAGGAUUAAAGUUCUCAACGCUGACACACAGGAGACAAUGAUGGACCAUCCACUGAGGACCAUCUCUUACAUCGCAGACAUCGGGAACAUGGUGGUCCUGAUGGCGCGCAGGAAGAUGAUUCGUUCCCGCAGUACUCAGGAGCAGCUGGACACGGCCGACGCUCAGCACUCGAACCCAGCGCAGGACGAACGGCAGCAGUACAGAAUGAUCUGCCAUGUGUUCGAGUCAGAGGACGCUCAGUUGAUCGCUCAGUCCAUCGGUCAGUCCUUCAGCGUGGCGUAUCAGGAGUUCUUGCGGGCGAACGGUAUCGAUCCAGAAGACCUGAGUCAGAGAGAGUACAGCGACCUCCUCAACACUCAGGACAUGUACAACGACGACCUCAUCCACUUCUCCAAGUCUGAGAACUGCAGAGACGUGUAUAUAGAGAAGCAGAAGGGUGAAAUCCUGGGCGUGGUCAUUGUGGAAUCUGGCUGGGGCUCCAUCGUACCCACAGUCAUCAUCGCCAGUCUGAUGCACGCCGGACCCGCGGCGAAAUCUGGCCGUCUCAACAUUGGAGAUCAGAUCAUGACGGUGAAUGGGACGAGUCUGGUGGGUCUGCCGCUGUCCACCUGCCAGAGCAUCAUCAAGGGCCUGAAGUCUCAGUCCAGGAUUAAGAUGAACAUUGUCAGAUGUCCUCCAGUCACCAUGGUCCUCAUCCGCAGACCAGACCUCCGGUACCAACUCGGCUUCAGCGUACAGAAUGGCAUUAUCUGCAGUCUGAUGAGGGGGGGUAUUGCAGAAAGGGGUGGAGUCAGAGUGGGCCACCGCAUCAUCGAGAUUAACGGGCAGAGUGUGGUGGCCACGCCCCAUGAGAAGAUCGUCCAUAUUCUUUCUAGUGCAGUUGGAGAGAUCCACAUGAAGACCAUGCCUGCUGCCAUGUACCGCCUGCUGACGGCUCAGGAACAGCCCGUCUACAUCUGAGCCACCGCUAACAUCGCUAAGCUUCACCCUCACACACUAACAUUUCACACGAUUAUCAGAUUGUUUACAAAUUUAUUGCACCGGAUUUAAAAACCUUUCCUGUCAAAAUAUUUGAAUCUGCCUUAAUUAUGUGUGUAAUUUUGGAGAGACGCUACAUCAUCCAUACAUGCUAAACAUCUGGCUAACAGUGAACAGGUAGCGUUAGCUCGGUUACUAGGAUUUAAACUAUAUUACAGCCCAAAGUGUGUGAUAAUCAU